AUGGCCGACCCCGAUCCCGGUCUGCUCGCGACCCUCCUUGGACGCGUCGCAUACGAGUUUACGCUGGUACAGCCGCUGCUGCCUAUGUACUUGCACCUCAUCGUCUCGGCCCUCUUCCCGAUAUACACGGGCGCGCACGCCUCGCUCUCGCGCCCGACCUCGGCAGCGAAGCCAGCGAAGAGAAAGCGUGCGAAUAGUAGCGAAGGUGCUGAUGAGAGCCUUGAAGACGAGGACGAGGACGAGGACGAGGGAGAGGACGAGCGCAUCCUGGAGGGGUUGUCGCCCACAGAUGCCCUCCUCAUGCCUCUGUUCGCCGGAUGCGCGCUUGCCUCGCUGUACUUCCUCCUCAAGUGGAUGAAGGACCCCGCGCUCCUCAACAAGAUCCUGAAUGGCUACUUCGCCAUCUUCGGCGUCUUCUCUGUUUCACGACUCGUCACAGAUGUGCUCGACAUCGGCCACUCGCUCAUAUUCCCGCACCGCCAUGUUCUGGGUGGGGCGCUAUAUCGUGUCAAUGGCACCGCGCAGAAGGCAGAGCCUGUGGCGGGCAAUGUGAAGAACAAGUCGCCCAUUACGACGCCGCUUCCGGGCUUUCUGGCCAGGCUGCCUCUUUCGGAUCGGGUGAGGAAUAUGCUCUGGGCCGAUCGCGCCAUGCCGGGAAACAAAUGGACGCUGCGCAUGUAUCUCCAUCGCGCGUUGACGGGCAAGUUCAAGAUCGGCCCGCAUGGCAUGUUCGGUGUCGUCGCUGGAUUGAGCACAGUGGCAUACUUCAACCUCGUCGACAAGCCGUGGUACCUGACGAACCUCUUGGGCUUUGGCUUCUCGUACGGCGCUCUGCAGCUCAUGUCUCCCACGACAUUUGCUACAGGCAGCUUGAUCCUCGGCGCCCUCUUCUUCUAUGACAUCUACUUUGUCUUCUAUACGCCUAUGAUGGUGACAGUCGCCAAAUCACUCGACGUCCCUAUCAAGCUCAUGUUCCCGCGACCGGCACCGGCCAACGACCCUCUCGCCGCUCCUUCGCACGCGAUGCUUGGCCUAGGCGAUAUUGUGCUCCCCGGCAUAAUGAUCGGUCUCGCCUUGCGCUUCGACCUGUACCUCUUCUACCUGCGCCAACAGAAGCGAACACCAGCAGCGACACAAGGAGAGGCCGAUACCAUAGAGAAGCCCGUGUACCACUCGCUUGCUGGACGAUGGAGCGACCACUUCUGGACGCACUCGCUCAUGGGCAGGCCACUCUGGACUACCUCAGCAGCCAAAGACAGCAAGCCUGAAGCGCCAUUCACAUUUCCGAAAACAUACUUCAAAGCCAGCUUAGUGGGAUACGUGCUGGGUUUGCUGACUACACUGGGCGUCAUGAUGAUAUGGAACCACGCUCAGCCCGCCCUACUCUACCUCGUGCCAGGCGUGCUUGGUAGUCUCUGGCUGACAGCCCUAGUCCGCGGCGAAAUCAGCCUCAUGUGGAGCUACACCGAGGAGAUUGAAGACGAAGAGAAGGACAAGAAGAAGGCGGACGAUGCAGACAAGCCACAAACCCAGGACAAGAGCGAAGACACCGCCAAGACGGAACCCGCGAAGCGCGUGGCAAGUCACCGGCCCGAACGCGAAGUCUUCUCCUUCUCCAUAGAGGCGCCCUGGAAGCCCAAGCUGGGCGCCGAACGCAAGGAGAGUCAAAUCUCCCAGGUGACGAACGAGACCAUCGCUGCUAACGGCGAGAAGCACAACUGGGCGCCGUCGAAGAUUGCAGCGAGCACGGAGCCGGCUGGCAAGCGCGUCAGGCUGAAUUGA